AGCUUUGUACUUGAUGAUCGGUGUUCAAUUCUGACCAGAUGAGCAUGUGGUUUGGUACUCUAGACCUCUGGGCUGUUGUGUUGCACCAUAGAUGGACUUUCCUAAAAUUUCCUCCACAUGAUGAUCUUAUCCUUUUAAUUUGUGGCCCUUAAAUUGACAGUUAAGGAGAAAUGCAACAAUUUGUCCACAUCCAACUUUAAAAAAUCAAGACAAGCUGCUUGAUCAUCCUAUAUGAGAGGUUUUUGGGGCAUGAUGUAUCCAUAGUGGAAUGCAACAUCCCAAUGGCCUGUCCUAUCAGAUCAUGUGCUUUACUUGUUAGAAGUUAAAAGCUGCAUAUACUGUGCUGCGAUUUUGGUCACAUGUCAUAUAAUUCCUCCCUUUGUUGACUUGAUUAACUCCAUGGAACUAUUUUUUUCUGAAGCUGAAACGGUCAGUGCUCAGAUUUGUUGAGAGUUUAAGCCAUAUGAAGAGAUCCAGCAAGACUGAACACAGAAAGACGAGAAGAAAGGAUGAGAAGAAAGGAGCUGAACAAGUUCAAAAAGAAAGGAUGCCAAAGGACUUGGAAGAGAUCCAACAAGAAAAUACCAACCUAGGUGAUAUGGAGGACAUCUUUGAAAUAACUCCAUCUAAAAAGACAGAAAUUGUUGAAUAUAGACCUUGGUCUGACCUUCCAAUAGAUAUUGUAGAGUUGAUCGCAUCGCAUCUCUUUCGAGCAGAUUUUAUUCAUCUGACCUCCUCCUGUAGAAGUUGGCGAUCAAUUGCUCCACCGAGACUGAUCACAAAGCGACAUCCCUCAUUGCUCACUAGCCAUAGCUUGCCAUUUCUCAGAAAUCAAUCGCCAUGGCUCAUGUAUUUUGGGAAAGACAAUGGCAUGUGUAACUUCUUGGAUCCUUUGUACAAUGAGAGAUAUUUCAUCAAUAUCCCAGAGCUCUCCGGUUCAACAAUUUGUUCCUGCAAGGAUGGUUGGGUAUUCAUGUAUAGAGGCAACCGCUCUGUGUUCCUUUUCAAUCCCUUUAUCAAAACAAGGAUUGAACUCCCGGAUUUGGAAUAUAUACAGUUCGAUUGCAUCACCUUCUCUUCCACACCGACUUCUUCAGAUUCCACAAUUUUUGCUAUUCAACAUCUUACUACUUCUGCUUCCAUAUGGAUUUGUCGUCGUGGGGACAGACAUUGGACUGAGUACUUUUUUGAUAGUAAUUUGCCAUUCUCGAUAUCCUACUCAAAUCCAGUUUUCAAGGAUGAGGUUUUCUAUGUCUUGGGACAUAAUGGGGUACUGGGGGUCUUUGAUCCAAAGCUAAUCACUUGGACUAUUCUUGCAAAGCCCAAGCCACUGAAAUUCUGCAACUGUCAAUCAAUUCCCAGAUGUAAGUGGGAAUAUUAUUUGGUAGAAUCGAGAGGGGAGCUAUUAAUGGCAGUCAUUGGUUUUUUUGGGACUCCAAUUCAUGUUUUCAGACUGGAACCUUCAGAGAUGGAAUGGGUGAAGAUUGAAACCUUGGAAGAUGGAAUGCUAUUUGUAAGUCGCUGGACUUCUCUCUCCUCGACGGCGUUGGCAAAAGGGAUGGAAAAUAGGAUCCAUUUUCCUUUAGUCAGCGGUGAAGAUUGUGUUUUCUACUCACUCAAAGAAUGCAGAUGCUAUCCUAAUAGAGAUUUUUAUGAGUGUGACGAUUGUAUCCAUAGCACCUGGAUUGAACCAAGGUGGUUUCAACCUUCAGCUGAAGAGCUUGAUUGGAGUCAAACCUUAGUAGGACAAGGGUCUAAACAGAUAAUUUUCUAUGAAAAUCAGUAUUAAUUAUUUAUCUUAUUUAAACUAUAAUUUCUUGGGAGGAAGAUGGAAAGAAAAAAUCUUUUGCUAUUAUAUAGGCUGUAACAGUCCAGGGUUCAAAUUACCACUAGUGUGUGGGGCCCAGUGAAUGGUUUGCAUAUUAUAUAGGCCAAUGUUUGUAAUGGUAGGGUCAAAAAGGUGCCUAGAGCUGCUGUUCAGGCCCUUGGUCAGCUUGGAAGGACUGAUCUUUAAUUGCGUCGAGUCAGGCAGUCUGCACAUCAAGU